AUGGCCGACGCGCCCAUCGUCCUCGACGGAGGAACCGGUUUCCUCAAGGUCGGAUAUGCGGCGCAGAACUUCCCCGAACACCAAUUCCCCUCCAUAGUGGGGCGCCCAAUACUACGGUCCGAAGAGCAGGCUGGCGACAUCGUGGUGAAGGAUAUCAUGUGCGGCGAUGAGGCGGCGGCUGCGCGGUCGAUGCUGCAGAUCAGCUAUCCGAUGGAAAACGGCAUCGUGAAGAAGUGGGAUGAUAUGCAGCAUCUGUGGAACUACACCUUCUACGAGAAGAUGAAGAUCGACCCGACCGGGCGCAAGAUCCUCCUCACGGAGCCGCCCAUGAACCCGCUCAAGAACCGCGAGCAGAUGUGCGAGGUCAUGCUGGAGGGCUACAACUUUGGCGGCGUCUACGUGGCGAUUCAGGCCGUGCUGGCGCUGUACGCGCAGGGCCUGAGCAGCGGGGUUGUUGUCGAUUCCGGCGACGGCGUCACGCACAUCGUCCCCGUGUACGAAUCGACCGUGCUGAACCAUCACAUCCGCCGACUCGACGUGGCGGGCCGCGACGUGACGCGGAAUCUGAUCGCGCUGCUGCUGCGCCGCGGGUACGCCCUCAACCGGACGGCCGACUUCGAGACGGUGCGGCAGAUCAAGGAGAAGCUGUGCUACGUGUCGUACGACCUGGAGCUGGACAAGCGGCUCUCGGAGGACACGACGGUGCUGGUGGAAUCGUACACGCUGCCCGACGGGCGCGUCAUCCGGGUCGGCAGCGAGCGGUUCGAGGCGCCCGAGUGUCUGUUCCAGCCGCACCUGGUGGACGUGGACCAGCCGGGCAUUGCGGAGCUGCUCUUCAACACGAUUCAGGGGACUGAUGUCGACGUGCGAAGCAGCUUGUACAAGGCGAUCGUGCUGAGCGGGGGGAGCAGCAUGUACCCGGGGCUGCCGUCGCGGCUGGAGAAGGAGCUGAAGCAGCUGUGGUUGACGCGGGUGCUGCAGGGGAAUCCGGAGCGACUGAAUAAAUUCAAAGUGCGCAUCGAAGACCCGCCCCGACGAAGACACAUGGUCUUUUUGGGCGGUGCCGUGCUGGCGAAUCUGAUCGCCGACAAGGAAGACAUGUAUGGCAUAGGUGUAGAUAUAUAA